AGUCACUUCAGUUUUCAUAUAAUAUCCGAGGAACCAGUUCUACAGCAAGUCAGAAGCAAAGUGCACGCGCUGCAGAGACCAUAUACCCGUUUGUAGUGAACGAUCGUCUUAAACGGUGUUUUUAUCCCCCCUUUUGUAACAAAGCAACAUUUAUAACCUCUAAAAAGAAGCAAAACCGUCGUCUUAGGCUUGUGAAUAAAAAAAAUCAGUUUUUAAAACUAAAAAAAUUAAAGUGAACAAUUUGAUUUUAGUUAGCAAAAAAAAACUAAAGCUCAAUAAGUUAUUUUUAUAACUGAUAAACCCUUGGAAAAAAAUUGCAAAUAAAAUGGAAAGUGUUGAAAAUAAAACAGCAACCGGAAAUGGCACCACCGCCAUGGUCGAAACAAAAGAUACCCAAAACCUUUUGCCACAUCUAGAAUCGCUGGAACGCAUUAUCAAAUUGCCUGUAGUUGGAGCUGCCUGGGAUAAAUCACAAGAUGUUUAUGGCAAAGUCAAAGGAAAGAAUCGUGUCUUCAAUUGGGCGCUGAGCGCGGCCGAAGACUGUGUAUCGCGUGCUGUUACCACCGCUGCACCCAUAGUAAGCCGUUUGGAUCGCCCCAUUCAAUACGUGGAUCAGACCCUAGUCAAGGGAAUUGACAAACUGGAAGUCAAGGCACCCAUUAUCAAAGACACACCUCAAGAAAUCUAUAAUCAAGCCAAAAACAAAGUUAUCGAUGUUGUUCAACCACAUAUUGAUCGUGUGGUUAAAUUCAAGACUGCAGGUCAGCAAAAAGCAUCCUCAUUGAAGGACUUAGCCUGGCAAAAGGCCAAUGAAGUUUUGGCCACACAAUACGGUAGUUUGGCUGUGAAUGGUGUGGACACAACAACCGCAUUAGCAGAACGUUUAUUGGAAUAUUAUUUUCCCAAAUCGGAAUCAGAUGUAGAAGAAGAUAAUGAUUAUAAAAAGUUUCCUGUCACACAUAAUGGUCAUAAUGGCAAUCACGCCGGUGAUAAUGACAUGCCAGUUCCCGCCAGCGAGGACCCCGUACUACACACCGUCCAGACAGUGGGAAGACUCAAGAAUAAGAUAUCCCGUCGCGUCUAUAGAAAUGUCUCCCGACAAAUCCAAAAAGUCCAAAAAGGCAAUGUUAACGACUAUCUGAGCUCCCUGAUUGCAGCCUUGAAGUUGCAUCAAUACAUCAAUUUCAUUAAUUCCUCCAUGGGCACAAAUAUCGAACAAUCCACCUUGACAGAUGGCUCCUCCUCCUCGGCGGCGUCAACAACGGCUAAAGCGCAGAAAUAAAUAGUCUUUCGAGUAAAAUUUCUCCUUAAAUCAAGCUACAUCUAUAUUUUCUUUUUAUGAUUUUUUGUUAUAUAUUUAAAAAAAAAAGGUUUUUUUUUUUGUUUAAAUGCAUUUUAUUAUUUUCUAUGGCCCGAGUUGAGAUGAACAAGGAGAAGGAGAGGAGCCACUUUUAACUUCACUCUUUUGGUAUUUUUAAAAUAGAUAAAGUCAUUUUUAAAUAAUAUAUCGAUUGAGAGAUUGUGAGUACGGAUGUGAAUGUAGACAUUCGUAAAGGUCCUUGCAUAAUAGCGCUAUGCUAUGAAUUGUAAGAGAACGAGUACGAAGUCUGUCUUGAUAUUGUAAAUUGUAAAUAUUUAAUAAUUAGUUUUUUUUUUUAUUUUUGGAUUGAAAGAUGUCGAAAUGAAAACUUUAAGAAGUAAUCCGUGCAUGUUCAUCUCAACCCCCUUCUCUAGCAGUUUUUAAAACUGCACAAACCUAAUUUGAUUGAGCAAUCAAGUGAAAUAUUUGUCAUUAUUAAGCUUUAAUAUUGAAGUAAUAUCAUUAGAACUAUCGUAGAAAUGCAUACAUCCACACGCAUACAUAUAUAUAUAUAUAUAGAUAUAGUAAGAUAUGUAUUUAUAAUUAUUUUAGAAUUUAGAGAUGAGUUCUAAUUUUGUUUAGCAUCUAGGAUUAAUUAUAAAGGAGAGCUCUGAAAAGCGUGAAUUAAUUGAAAUGAAACACUAAUCGAACCACAUAUUUUGCGAAAAGUUUAGCAGCUGGAACAAAAAUUUUUUUUUUUACCAUAGGAAAAUUUUUUUUCAUUGUUUUAAAGAUUGACACCACUUAUACAAGGCCCAGCUUCUAGCUUUACAUUCUUGAGAGGAAAAACAAAGAGUGAUUCUUGUCGAAUAGUGUAAAUAAUAAACAUUUGUAUGUAGACAUGACUUGAGGUCAUGUAUUAAAAGGUUAUCUAUACAUUACAAUAUAUAACUAUGUAUUUACAAGUAUAUAAAAUUAAGUGAAUGAAUUCUUUAAUAUUCAACAAUAUUAUUAAGUGAAAUAUACUGAACAAAAAUAUAUUUAUAAUGAAAAAGAG